AUGGCGGCGGCGCGGCCCGGCGGGUCCGGCGAGCGGCAGCGGCGGGUGCAGGCGCUGAGCGCGGCGCUGCGGGGCCGCCUGGGGCCCUACGAGCCGCUGCUGAGCGCCGCGCAGGCCGCGCUGGUGUGGGAGCGGCCGGGCCGCAGCGCGCUGUGGUGGGCGGCGGCGCACGGCCUCUUCUGGUUUUUUGCUCUGACUUCUCUUCGCUUGCUGUUCCUGGUUGCAUUUACCCUUAUAGUAGUUGUUUGUCUAGAUCAGUGGAAGAGCAAAAUCUGGCCUGAAAUUGGAGUGGCAAGACCUGACGAAUUAGACAAUGAGAGCUGGGGAUACGUUCACCCUCGGCUGCUCGGAGUGCCAGAACUCUGUCACCAUUUGGCUGAAGGAUGGGUGGCUGGGACCAACUUCUUGAGUAAUCUCUUCAUUUUCAAGAGGCAAAACCCUGGAAAGUUUUGCCUUCUAGUGUGUGGAGUCUUUACUUUCCUGGCUGUCCUGGGCCGGUAUAUCCCUGGACUCUUGCUCUCAUACUUGCUGUUGCUCUUCAUCCUGCUGUGGCCCCUUGCUGUGUACCACAGACUGGGGCAACGCAUGUACAUGAAGCUGGAGCCAGCUCUGCAGCGGCUGGAUUUCAGCGUUCGAGGCUACAUGAUAUCAAAGCAGCGGGAGAAGCAAUUGCGUCGCCGAUCCCUUAAUCAGGAGGCUGUGGAUGAUGGGAGUGACAGUGAAGAGGAGCUUGCCGCAUUCUGUCCCAAGCUGGAUGACUCUGUGGUCGCCAAGGAACUAACCAUCUCUGACUCAGAGCAUUCGGAUGCUGAGGUUUCCUACACUGAAAAUGGGAUAUUUAACCUCUCGAGGGGCCAGACUCCCCUGACAGAGGGAUCAGAAGACCUGGACGGUCAUAGUGACCCAGAAGAAUCUUUUGCCAGGGAUCUCCCCGACUUCCCUUCCAUAAACCCAGAAGCAACUGGCAUAGAUGAUGAAGAUGACACCAGCAUUGGGAUCCCAAGUCUGGCUUACCGCCCACAAGUAACAGAAGAUCUGCAUCUCCCUUACGACCAGGAAGAAUCCAGCACAUUGCCAUCUGUACAGAAUCUUACUAACAACAUAGCCGGAUUUGUCACCAGAGGGAUGAUACAGCUUGCGCUGUCAGGAGCCCCUCAGCCAGGGUCCUCACGCAGCGACAAUUCCCAGAGAGGUGCAAAGACUUACCUUAGAACGGCCAGCUCAGACUUGGACACUGAUGCGGAAGGGGAUGACUUUGAACUGCUGGAUCAGUCUGAGCUGAACCAGCUGGAUCCUGCUGGCUCACGGGGCCAGUAAGCAAUCCCGCCACUUCCCUCUGGUUUUCUAUUGCACAUCGUGGCGGGGAAUCCUGGAAGGAAAAGCCUUGCACAGUUACCUAGAUCAUCUCCUGUGUGAGUAUGAGUGAUGUGACAGCCAGUCCUGGCUGGGAACACCACUGUGACUUGUGACUCUGUAGCCUCGCUUGGAUUUUAAAAUAAACUACACUGGUAAUUCAUAGGAAAAGACGUUGAUGUGAUAGCUCCACAGUCACCCAUGCAUUGCCUUGCACUGUCUGCCAGGAUGCUGUUUGCUCCAAACUUCCUCACCUAAGACAAUAAAUCUGGUGUCUGCAGCUCUAGAGACCACCGGUCAGAUCGACUUAGCAUCGCUGAGGACAAUCUUGAAGCCGACCUUCUGGGGCUCAUGCAUAACCAGGUGAACAGGAUUGGUUUCCCCUCAGAUUUAGUGUCUGGGACUUAAAGACAGAAUAGCGUUAAGACAACCAUUCCCUGCUCCUAAAAUGUGCACAGAAUCCAAGUCGUCUUUCCCAGCAAUAUCCAGCUCUGGGUAGAAACAAACCCCUUGCUCCUGUUGUGGACAUGACGGUGUAUGGGCAUGAUGUUUGUACUUGCAAUGACCACUCAUCUCUGGUUCCAGCUUUCUAGUGAUGCUAUUUUGUAAGAGACAUAAUGGCAAUAAGACAUCUACUGUGAUGACUAGAGUCCUGCAAAGAACAUCUACAUCCGGCAGCUGCUCUCGUGUUGCUUUCCUAGAAUAACAGACUAACAAUUUGCUAAAAUUCCCCUGUGCUCCUCCAGCACACGUUCAGCACGGACGGUGGCAAUACUGCACUUCCCCUGACGCUGCCGCUUGGGAAAUGCUAGGGACGGGAUUUCUGGAGGAGGGAAGAGGUGGAGCUGGUCUGCCCAGCCAGUUUUGUCCUGGCCCUGGGGACAGCCUGCUGCUUCCCAGCCUUGCACAGGUGAGACCCUGCCCGCAGGAGCCGAACGGGGGACGCCAGCCCAAGCCACCAGUGACCGAAGAGCUUGUGCCCAUUCGGUCACGUGAACAAACCAGCAGCCUACAGCCGAGACCUUCCGUCAGCUGGACGGCGCGAGCCCUCCGGCCCCCUGCGUCACUGAGCUUUCCCAUUGCUUUUUCCAAGCCAUAGAACCUGAUUCCGAUCACAUUUGUGCAGCAAAGAACGUACCUCUUCAGGGAAACCCCUU